AUGCCAUCUGAUGAGAUCCUUAUGCAAGAUCGAAACGCGUCAUGGUUGCCUAUAUCACACCCUUAUAAUGGCCAAUUUUAUCAUCAAGUAAGAGGAGGAGCAAUGGGUUCUCCUCUUACUCUAACUAUUUCUAAUUGUUAUAUGUACUUUUUUGAAAGACAGAUAGUCAAUCAAAUUCGAAAUAGUGGUGGACUUUAUUUCCGAUAUAUUGAUGAUAUAUUUAUUACUAUUAAUUGGCCUGUUCGACAUUUACUUAAAGAAGUAGAUAGAUGGAAUAAAUUUGAUGAAAAUAUUAAUUUAUCUGCAAAUAUUGGUUCAAUCGUUAAUUUCCUAGAUUUAAGUAUAGAAAAUCAAGACGGACAAUUAUAUACGACAGUCUUCCAGAAACCAUCGUAUGAACCCUAUUAUUUGCCAUUCAAUAGUAUUCAUCCAUUACAUAUGAAAAAGAAUAUUCCAUUCGCCAUGCUACUACGCGCUGUUAGAUACUGUUCAACUUUUGAAACUUAUCUUAACGAGCGUGAAAAAUUAAGAAUGGCGUUAUUACUUAAUAAAUACCCAAACAAAAAUAUUGACGAGCAAUUUAAUAAUGUAUUAUCAAAAUUUGGUAUCAACGAACACUUAACAUUAACCAACUAUAAUAGAUCUCGUCAAAGGAUUAUAGAUUCUCCUAGUAAGGAUAAACUACUGAUGAAUUACGAGAAAUCAAUAUUCUUCCACUUUACCUAUUGUUCAAGUAUGAAGACAUUUCCAAUUAAAUUUCAUAUCUUAUGGCAGAAAUAUUUUGAUAAAUCUCCAAUAAAUGAAAUUAUCCCAAUACUUGGCACAAGAAAUGUCGAUAAUCUACAAAGACGAUUAAUACAUACCAAAUCGAAAAAUUAA